AUGAAUCAAAAAGAGAAACUUUCUUAUUAUCCAAAUUUACUUGUAUUCCUAAAUUUUAUAUUUCUUCUAGGGUUAACCAGAAAAAGUAAUGAAUUAAAACAUUGAUAGUAAAAAGGGAUUAGAGGAAUAUUUAUCAAUAAUGUUGGAACGAGCCAAUGUUGAAGAAUAAUAUGCAAAAGGUUUGAGCAAAUUAUAAUAAUAAAUUGAUAAAUCAAAGUAAUAAAACAUAUAAAUUAUUCAGUAUCAUAAUUAUGAAGGGGUAAUUAGCUAAUUAAUUGAAAAACAAAAUUAUAAGAAUUGAAAAUUUUGUUGAGUUUAUUAGAACAGAAAUUAAAGAUCAGAUUAAAGAAACUCUUAAUUAGCAAAAUUAAAUAUCUAGUAAAAUUAUAGAUGAAAUAAAAUCUUUGGAAGAGACAUUAGCUGAUAAUAAGGAAAAGCUUCUUUCUCUAAAAUUGGAUUAUAAAUUAAAAUCAAGAGAAGUAGAAUAAUAAGGAAUUUUAGAUAUGGUUUAUUAAUAUAGUAUUGAUAUUUCUGAAGAUCAAAAAAUCAAGUAAAUAUGCAAGUAUGUUAAUAUAUUUAUUAAAUAAUAUAGAACCUAAUAAAUAUCAAUUGAAUGUUCUAAAUUAGAGAAAUAAUAUUCAUUAUCGACACUUGCUUAUAAUGAACUAUUAGAUGUUUACAAGACAAAAAUGGAGAGUUAUUUGAUUUAAAUGGAAGAAUUUGAAUAAACAAAAUUAUUAAUUCAUAAAGAUACAUUACUUAAAAUUUUCUUAUUUGAACUUUCAAUAUCUAAAAAUCAAUUCUAAGAAGUUGAGAAGCUUAAUGAAUAGAUUAGGAAUACAAAUAUAUAAGAUGUGAUUGAAAACUUUAUUAUGAAAUAUUCUCGACCAGAUUUUAUACAAUAAUAAAUAGAAUUUAAACAUUAUAAUUCAUUUUUGAGAAGAACUAUAGAGUCUUUGAAAUCUCUAGAGUAUCACAAAAUUAAAGAUAUAAUUAAAGCAUAUUCUGAUACAUUUUAUGAUAUUUUCACUAAUGUAAUUGAGAAGCAUGUAUGAAUUCUUAUUAAAACUAGGAUUAAUAAUCUAUAAAACAAUAAGAACUAGUUUCUUUAAUUAAUAGAAAUAGUAUUUAGGGAUAUUUUAAACUUUUCUAAAUUCAUGUUAAUUCUAUUUGGAAUGGUGAGUAAUUAAAAAAUGAUCAAACUAUAAUAGAUUUAUUGAAAUAGAGUACUCUAAAUAAAUUACUUUGGUUAAAUGGGUUAGAUAUAUAGGCUGAUAAGAAUAAUUAUAGAGUUCCUAAUUCUUAAGCUUAUGAUUCAAUUAUCAAAUGGAGUUAGAUGUUAGUCAAUUUUGUAUUCACUUAUUCGUUAUUUCAAGUGUUUAGAAACAUAAGAUGUAACACCUUUAAGAAAACUAAUUACAUUAAGUUCAUUAAUACAUAUUUCUGUUUUGAAUAAGAAACACUAUUUGAUGCAUAGUCUUAAGAAUAAUCAUGUCUUCACCUAACCAGACUUCAUAGAGGCCAAUAUCAUAGAAGCCAUAUAUGAUGGCUUGAUUGAAGAGGUGAAGGAUGAAACAAAUUAAAUAGACAAAAUUAUAAGGUUCAUUCUAUAAAUUAAUUCUAUAGAUAAAAAAUCAAUUUUUUUACAUAGAUUUCCAAAAUUUGUUUCACUUUGUUGAUUUUUAAUUAGAAUAAUAUAAUCAAAAAUUAUGCAGAUAAAUACUUAAAGCUUUUGAGAGUUGCUCCUAAUUCUGUCUAAGAUUUAACAUUUUAGAUUGAGAAUUAUCAAUAAUUGUGAAAUAUUUAUUAUAUUUUAUUCAAUAAUAAUUCUUACAGAAUGGCGUCACAAAUGUAUUUAUUUAUUAGAUCUCUCUAUUAUAGAGUUUUUAAGGAGAAGGAUUACGAAUUUAUUUAUAAAACUAGAGCCAUUUAAUUAUAAUAAACUACAGACAAUCCAUUAAGAUUAGACAGACCAAAAGUAACAAUACAGAGAGGAAGAAAAGCAAAUGUGUAAAUAAGAACAAAAGGAAAUUUCGUUGAUCCUUUAUCCAGAGCAACUACUUAAAAAGCUUAAACAAAUCCCUUAAGCAGACCUCAAACUAUAGAUCCAUUAGCUAGACCUUUUGCUUAACCAACUUAAAAAAUAGAAUAGGCAUAAGCUUAAGCCUAGGCUAAAAGCGUUGAACCCAAUAAGUCAUAACAAUAAUAAUAAUAAUAAGAAGGCAAACUUGAAAUUGAUGCAGAAGAGAAAUAAUUAAAAGCAACAGGAGAAUUUUCAAUAUAUUGGUAAGAAAUAAGGGAAGACUUUUAAAACAUAUUUCAAAUUAAAACAUAUGAUUUAGAUCAACCUGUACCAAAUGUAUGAAAAAUUUAUAACCUAGCCAUUUGGUUCCAAUGUUCAAACCAUGAAUUAAUUUGAUGGAUAAGCUAAAGUAGCAUAUAGUGGAGAUAGUAAAAUUGAAUAUUAGACACAGGCUCCAAAGUAAGGAACAUCUAAAAUGAUUUUAUAAAAAACAUAUAUACAAAAAGUUUUAGAUAUCAGAAGAGAUUUAAAGAGGUAAUGGAUUAAUGGAGAUAAAGUAGCAUCAUUAUAAUUAGCAAUAUAAUCAUGCAAAUUAUUAAUUGAUAAUGAUAAGCCUCUCUUUGCUCCUGUAAAAUAUGUUUAUAUAAUUGAUAUUUUGGAAACAUUUGGUAAGUUUGUAAUUGAGAGAUUACUAAAAUUAAGUUAUCCACAAUAUACAGAUUAAAAGAUAGCUGAAAUUAGUUUAUAAAGUGUAGUUGGAUCAAAUAUCUCUGAAACAGCUUCAGAAAUAGGAAGAAAUUGGAUAAAUAAGAUAGGAUCAAUAAGAGAAUUGUUACCUCGAUUAUAUAUAGAAGCUACUUUAUUGAAGGUUUAUUAUUUUAUUGAUUAAAGUUAAAUAAAACCAAUAUUUGUUAGACUUAUUAAAUAAGUUAGAGCAAUUGGUGAUUAUAUUAAUGUUUAAAUUUAUUUUAUUAAUAUUAGGCUUUGUAUUUUGCACUUUAUUUAUUUAGAAUAGGAGCAGAAUUAUUUUCAGGAGAGAAAGAUUAUCUUAUAUCAACUUUAAAAGAUUUCUUUAUAUAUAUGAAUUAAAAAAAUAAAUUUGGAAAAUUAGAUAUAUAGGGAGAUUAAUAUUUAAGAUUGUUUGAACCAUAUUUAAUAUAAACAUUUAGAUAAUAUUCAUAAAAUUGUACAGAAGUAUCAUAUUUAAUUAAAUAUAAUUAUAGAGAGAAUUUAAAGAUAUAUUUGAACAUUUUAGAUAGAGUACAUAAAAUCAUUUUGUUUUAAAAAAGAUGAUUGAAUAAUUUUAAGCUGUUCAUAUUAGUACAUUAGCAUUAGAGUUAUUUUCAAUAAUGUAAGCUUAUCCUGUAGAUAAUAAAUAUUAAUUAUAUGCUUGUUUUUUACCUAAAAUAGCUAAAGGAUUAACUAAUGUAGCUGCUGGUUCUGAGAUAUGUGAAUAUGUUUUAUAGGACAUUUUAUAAAUAAAAUCAUUUCCAUUAUUUUUAGAGAUAUUGGCAUCAUUAAUUGAAUUGAUUUUUAGAUCAUUUUAAGGAUAUUAGAAAAAUUAAUUUUUUUUCUUGAUUUUAUAAAGAUUUAAUGAUUUAUUUAGUAUGGUUGAAAAGGAUUAAGUAAAUACAAAUUAAAGUAAAGAUACUUUUAUUAAAUUACAUUAAUUUAUAAUUAAAAUAUUUUAAGACUCUUAAGAUAUAUCAGAAAUACUAUAGAUUGAUACAUUUAUUACUUGUAUUUAAUUUUUCCCAGAAGAUAUGAAGAAAUUAGUUUGUAAUGAUUUGCUUUCAAUGAUUAUAAAUAGGGAUCAGAAAGAAAAAAUAACUGAUCCUAUGGCUGUACAUUCAAUUGUUAAAUUAACAGCUAAUUUGAAUAAUAAGAAAUCAAUUACUAAGGAUGAAUAAAAAAGUUUGGCAAAAAUAAUAAAUUUAUUAUUAUAAAAGAUUGAUUUUGGUAAAGAUUUAGAAUAAACAUUAAAUUUGUAUGCUGAAAUGAGAGGUUAAUUUGGAAAUAUUAGUGGUUUAUCUGAAAUUUUAAUAGAUAGAGCUUUAGAUUUAAUUUUUAGAGGUAAACGAUUAUCAAAAGGAAAAAAUCAAAAGAAAAUAAUUUCAUUUUAUUAGGCUUGUAUAGCUUAUUGUUUUAUAACUAUUCCUACAAUAGAUAAUCCAAUAUCAAGAUUGAGAAAAUACUUUUAAGUGGCUUAAGUUGGUUUAUCAUUAAAUUUAUUAUCACAAAGUGAAGCAGUAAUUAAAACUACAAUUGAAAAUCUUCUUGAAUUACCAGAAACUUAUAAUGGUAGACCAAUUGAUGAAGUAAUUAUGCCAUAUAUCUUGGAUUUAAUUUCAUUUAUUAUUAUUGUUCCUGAUGAUCCUUCUGCAGGUUACUUAAACAUUUUUCAAGGUUUAUUGAAAGCACUUGAAUAGAUGAAAUGGAAUCCAAAGAAUGGAGGAAUUUAUUCAAUUGUAAUUUAUGUUAAUUGCAUUUAAUACUUAUGUGCUUAAGUUUAAGAAAGAUUGCCUUAUCAUUUUGAGAAUGUUAAAUCGAAUGAUGCUUUAUUCAAUAAGGAUUCUUAGUUUAGUUUGACUAUAUUAGAAUUAGUACAAUAAUUAUAUAUUAAAUUGGGUGAACAAGCAUAAACAAUUCUAAAAUCAAAUAUUACUGAUUCAAUAGUAAAAUUAUGUUUUAUAUAAAAAGGAAAAUGGUUUGAUUGUAAAACAAAUGUUAAGUUGCUUGAAUAGAUUAUUAUUAUUAUUAAAAUUUAAUAAAGAAGCAGAAACUACAUUUGCAAUUUUUAUAGAUUUAAUCUAUAAAAAGAUAAAUGAAUUGAAUAGAGAUAGAACUGGAAAAGUAUAAUUGAAUAUAUUAAAAACAUAUUUCUUGUAAACUUUUAUGAACAUUGAGAAAUCGACUACAGUAAUCUAUUAUUAAUAAUAUAGUUUAAUUUUGAUGAGAAAAAGAAUUAAAUGAUAAAUAUUUUAGAAGCAGCAAAAAAUUGA